CGUGUUCUCAGUUCCUCUCAACACAAUGGCUUUCGGCCACAACGCAAUGGCCCAUGGAUUGUGUAUAAAAGGGGUAUAUCCUCUUGAACCGACCUCUUACCGUCACCUUUCGACUCAAAAGCUACUCUGAACGACUUGCCGAGCCAUGCCCUCCUUCAUCCACCCUGUUCCUUAUAUCGUUACUUCUGUCGGACCCUCGACUCUGGACAGCACUCUAAUGGUAUUGACCCACCUCGAGUCACUCCCAUUCGCUGUGAAGUCAACGGAUGACCAUCAGUAUAUCGAACAAGAGUCGCAUACCCUCUCAGGGUAUGGGGUUCUCCAGCAAUCUCCGAAAAAAACUUCUAUCACACGACCUCCGAAGGCCAGGCGCACGUCGACCAGCAGCCUUACAACUCCGUGGAGCAUCCGUGUACGCCAACUAUUACCAGAUGCAAAGUUCCUUCAUGCCAUCUCUUGAACUUUUGGCCGCUCUUCUGUGCUAUUUGAGCAUCUAAAAGGGCUCGAUGCGACUCGAUCACAUUUGCCGUCAUCACUGUACAACAUUUUUGGGCUAUCUCUUUUCAAGGGCUGUUGUACGAUAUCAUCACGCGUUCAUGGACUAUUAAUCAUAUGUUCUUCCCUUUCCGUCCAACCCCCGAGCUCCCAAUCCAUUGAUGACUCUCAGAAUAUCUCUUCGACGACUAAUUUUUCACCUUAUGGACUUUAUAUGUGUACAUACCAGUUAGUCCACCAACUACUUACGCG